AUGGGGGCACGGGACCCCUGGGAGAGGCUGGGGGCUCCCCUGGGGUGGUGUCCCUUCCCUUCGCUGCUUUUCCUGGGCUUGGUGGCCGCCGUCUGCCUCGGCCUCAACCUCCUCUUCCUCACCAUCUACCUGAUCUGCCUGUGCUGCUGCAAGAGGGACCAGGAGCCCGAGACCAAGCGGCCCCACUGCAGCUGUGUCACCUGGAUGGCCGUCACCGCCGGGCUCAUCUGCUGCGCGGCCGUCGGCAUCGGCUUCUAUGGGAACAGCGAGACCAACGAUGGGGUGUACCAGCUGCUCUACGCCCUGGACCACGCCAACCACACCCUGACCGGCAUCGACACGCUGGUGGCGGGCACCACGCUGCAGAUGCAGGUGGGGCUGGAGCAGCACCUGGUGCGGCUGAACGAGCUCCUGGCCGCACGGGGGGACUACGUGCAGACCCUCAAGUUCAUGCAGCAGUUGGCUGGCAGCAUCGUCCUGCAACUCUCAGGGCUGCCCGUCUGGCAGGGCACCAGCACCGACCUCACCGCGCUGGCCGGCGAUGUCGCCUACGUCGAGUAUUACCGGUGGUUGGCUUAUCUCUUCUUCUUCAUCCUCGUCCUCACUGUCUGCCUCCUGGCCUGCCUGGGGCUGGCCAAGCGCUCCCGUUGCCUCCUCACCACGAUGCUGUGCUGCGGGCUGCUGACGCUCAUCCUCAGCUGGGCCUCCAUGGCCGUGGACACGGCGGCAGCGGUGGGCACCAGCGACUUCUGCGUGGCCCCGGACAAGUUCAUCAUGAACCAGACAGAGAGCGACAUCAGCGCAGAGGUGGUUCGCUAUUACCUGUACUGUGACCAGAGCCUGAGCAACCCCUUCCAGCAGGUUCUAACCGUCUUCCAGCGCUCACUCACCACCAUGCAGAUCCAGAUCCAGGGCCUGAUACAGUUUGCGCUGCCCCUCUUCCCCACAGCUGAGAAAGACCUGCUGGGGGUCCAGCAGCUCCUCAACUCCUCAGAGACCAGCCUGCACCAGCUCACAGCCAUGCUGGACUGCCGGGGGCUGCACAAGGACUACCUGGACGCUCUUAUCGGCAUCUGCUACGACGGGGUGGAGGGUUUGCUCUACCUGGUCCUCUUCUCCCUCCUGGUGGCCGCCUCCUUCUCCACCAUCAUUUGCGCCACGCCGCGCGCCUGGAAGCAUUUCGCUGGCCGGUGGGUCUGCCCACGGCCCCUGCCUUCACCGGGGGGCACGGGGCUGGGUGCCUGCCAGAGCAGCCUGCACCCCCCGGCGCAGACCAUCUCCAACGCCCCCGUCUCCGAGUACAUGAACCAAGCCGUGCUCUUCGGUGGAAACCCGCGCUAUGAGAACGUCCCCCUGAUCGGCAGAGGCUCUCCUCCUCCCACGGUACGGUGGACAGCCGAGGCCAAGUCCUUUUUGUGA